GCCCAUAAUUGUUUUCCAUCUCUGGCCGCGUUUUUAGUAAAAGUUGGAAAAAUUUGUGUUUUUCCUGAAAAAAUUAAUUAAAACAUCACAAAUACAGCUGUGGAACCAUCAUGGCUUCCGAGGACUUCUAUUUGCGCUAUUAUGUGGGUCACAAGGGCAAGUUUGGCCACGAGUUUCUAGAGUUCGAGUUCCGGCCGGACGGCAAGUUGCGGUACGCCAACAAUUCCAACUACAAGAACGACACCAUGAUCCGCAAGGAGGCGUUCGUGCACCAGUCCGUCAUGGAAGAGCUGAAACGCAUCAUAAUUGAUUCGGAAAUAAUGCAGGAGGACGAUUUGCCCUGGCCGCCACCAGAUCGCGUGGGUCGCCAGGAACUGGAGAUUGUGAUUGGCGACGAGCACAUCUCGUUUACUACCUCAAAAACGGGCUCCUUGGUGGACGUGAAUCGCUCAAAGGACCCCGAGGGCUUGCGCUGCUUCUAUUAUCUUGUGCAGGAUCUAAAGUGUCUGGUCUUCUCGCUCAUCGGUCUCCACUUCAAGAUCAAGCCCAUAUAACCGACCCAAGCAGCACAUAUUCAAUUUUACGCAUAAGUCUAUUUAAACAGACGCAUUAUAUUUUGUAACAAAGCCUCUACAAUACUAGUACUUGUAUUAGCCCUAAUGCUCCUCUACUGAUAGUACAACAUUUAUGUACAGUUUGGAGAUCGCUCUGGAAAACUGAAAGAAGUGAAGUCUGUGUAAUGAAUAAUAAAUGACCAUGAAACAUC